AUGGAAUCAAGUAAAAAAAGUAUUGCCAUUGUCCUCGAUAUCAAGAAAUCUUCAGUUAUUCUAAAAGAAGAAAGAACUUAUGAUCUUCUAGAGGGAAAACAUGGAGUGUUUCAGAGUCUUUUGGCUUUUCAUGUGGAUGCUGGUGAUGAAGAUUCAAAACGUCAUUUCAGUACAUGUGGCCGAAACAGUUCUAUGAUAAGUAACACAGUCCAAAAAGAAGUCAUACAUUGCAUUGGUGACGCUAUUCGCUCCUCAUUAUCGAGGGAUGUGAAAAAGGAUAAAAAUUUUAGCAUUAUGUGUGAUGAAACAACUGAUGUCACCACUAAGGAACACAUGACAUUUUGUAUUAGGUUCAUUGACAUAGAUAUCUUUGUUACCAAAGAAGACUUUCUGGGUUUUACUGAGCUUAAAUCAACUACUGGCACUUCGAUUGCAGAAGCCAUCGAUGAAGAACUCAAGACACUGAGGCUGAGCUAUCAAUAUCUUUGUGGACAGGGCUAUGAUGGUGGCUCAAACAUAGCUGGGAGAUUUAAAGGAGUUCAAGCUCUUAUUUUAAGUAAACAAGCAUUGUCUAUUUAUACCCACUGUUUUAGCCACUCUUUGAACUUGUGCAUUUCUGAGUCUUGUGAUACUCCAAUAGUUAGAAAUAUGAUGGGAAUUUUAUGUUCAGUUUCAGCGAUCUUGUCUGCCUCUACAAACAGAAAAAGUUCCCUAGAGGAAGCUAUAUCACGACUACCAUUCACAGAGUCAAAGAAAACAAAGUUGCAGCAUAUUGCCUCUCUUUAA